CUUUGAACAAUCGGUGAAAAUCAAACAAUACACAUACAGUGAAGAAUUGUAUGACUCAGAUCUAAAACUCACCAUCGCGAUUCUUCUCUCCUUCCCAUCGAAGAAGAAGAAGCAUCGUCACCAGCAAUGUCAAGCGAUAGCGACGAAGACGAGCUCCUUCAGAUGGCGUUGAAGGAGCAAGCCCAACGAGAUCUCAACUACGGCAAAUCCUCCUCCAAUUCCCGCAAGCCCGUCGCCAACUACGUCCAACCACCUUCUUCUCAGCCCAAGCGCCCCGCGCCUCAGGCCGCCAAGUCCGCUCCCAAAGGAAGAGUCGCCGAUGACGACGAUGAUUCCGAAGUGGAGCUGCUUAGUAUAUCUAGUGGUGAUGAGGAUAAUGCUAGAGAUCCGGUUGCUCCGUCUAAGAGCCGUGGUGGUGCUGGUGGUAGCGGAAGGCAGCCGUCAAGGGAUGAGGAUCGGACUUGGGAUGGUGAGGAGCCUAGUCGAUGGAAGCAUGUUGAUGAGGCUGAGCUUGCUCAUAGGGUUCGUGCAAUGAGAGAAACGAGGACAGCACCCGUGGCUCAAAAAUUUGCUCAUAAAAUUGAAAGGAAAGGUUCUGCAUUGGGUAGAAAGGGGCUUACCUACUUACAGUCAUUCCCUCGUGGCAUGGAAUGUGUUGAUCCACUGGGAUUAGGGAUCAUAGACAACAGAACAUUAAGGUUGAUCACUGAGUCUUCACACAGUUCUCCUAAGACUGAAAAAGAUAAUGAGGAUAGCGCCCUUCGUGAGAAAUUGCUGUAUUUUUCGGAGAAUUUUGAUGCACAGUUGUUCUUAUCACGGAUACACAGUAAUACAAGUGCUGCUGAUCUGGAGUCUGGUGCCCUUGCUUUGAAAACGGAUUUCAAAAGUCGUACUGAGCAGAGAAAGCAGUUGGUGAAGGACAAUUUUGACUGCUUUGUCUCAUGCAAAACCACAAUUGAUGAUAUUGAGUCAAAGUUAAGACGAAUUGAGGAUGACCCUGAAGGUUCUGGGACUGCCCAUUUGUUUAAUAUUAUUCAAGAAGUUAGUUCGCAGGCCAGUCAUGCUUUGAAGCCUUUAUUUGAGAGACAGGCUCAAGCAGAAAAAAUCAGGAGUGUACAGGGAAUGCUACAGAGGUUCCGCACGCUUUUCAACCUACCGAGCACUAUCCGUGUUAGCAUUAGUAAGGGUGAAUAUGAUUUGGCAGUCAGGGAAUACAAGAAGGCCAAGUCAAUUGCUCUUCCCUCUCAUAUUCAGGUCGGGAUCCUGAAACGUGUUCUCGAAGAGGUUGAAAAAGUGAUGAAUGAGUUCAAGUCUAUGCUUUUCAAGUCUAUGGAAGAUCCCCUAAUGGAUCUUACAAGUCUUGAGAAUACUGUGAGGUUACUGUUGGAUUUGGAACCGGAGUCAGAUCCAGUAUGGCAUUAUUUGAACAUACAGAAUCAGAGAAUUCGUGGUUUGCUUGAGAAGUGUACUUUAGAUCACGAGGUCAGAGUGGAAAAUUUGCAUAAUGAGUUGCGUGAAAAGGCUCUUUCUGAUGCCAGAUGGAGGCAAAUUCAAGAAGAACUGAGUGAAUCUUCAGAUGUCAACAACUCUUCUAUUAAUGGUAAUUCCGAUCCGGCGGUCCAGUCUCAUCCUGUAGACCUAAGUAGUGAAGAGGUUGAUGGUUUAAGAGGAAGGUAUAUCCGAAGAUUAACUGCUGUAAUCAUCCAUCAUAUACCAGCCUUCUGGAAGGUUGCACUCUCGGUUUUCAGUGGUAAAUUUGCAAAGUCUUCCCAAGUACCCACAGAUUCAAAUUCCAAUACUUCUGCAAAUAAAAUUGAAGAAAAAGCUGGAGAAGGGAAAUAUUCUAGUCAUUCCCUUGAUGAAGUUGCCGCAAUGAUAUGCAGCACAAUAUCACUGUAUGGAGUUAAGGUUACUAACGUUUUUCAGGAUCUAGAAGAAUCAAAUGUCCUCCGGCCCUACAUGAGUAAAGCCAUUGAAGAUAUAUCUAAAGCAUGUGUGGCUUUGGAAUUGAAAGAAGCUGCACCUCAGAUUGCUGUUUCUGCACUCCGAUCACUGCAAUCAGAGAUUAUAAGGAUUUAUGUUCUGAGGCUUUGCUCUUGGAUGCGAGCAUCAGUUGAAGAGGUUUCAAAAGAUGUGACAUGGGUUAUUGUUUCAAUUCUUGAAAGGAACAAAUCCCCAUAUGCAAUCUCAUACUUGCCUUUAACAUUCCGUUCAGCUGUUGCCUCUGCAAUGGAUCAGAUCCAUUCGAUGCUUCAGUCCUUAAAGAGCGAGGCAGAAAAAUCAGAGGAUACAUUUUUUCAACUUCAGGAAAUUCAAGAAUCUGUCAGACUUGCAUUUUUGAACUGUUUCCUGGAUUUUGCUGGUAAUCUGGAGCGUAUUGGAAUUGAACUUGGCCAACAUAGAUCAGAGAAAGAAGGAUCCCAGUUACUGAAUGGAUAUACAUAUGAAUUAGAAGAAAAUGAACCUUGUGAUCUUCAAGGAGGCGUUACUGAUCCCCAUCAACAGUUAUUAAUUGUUCUAAGCAAUAUCGGAUAUUGCAAGGAUGAACUUUCUUAUGAGUUAUAUGACAAAUAUAGACACAUAUGGCUGCAUUCGAGGGGAAAGGAUGAAGGAAACAGUGAUGUACAAGAUCUUACUAUCUGUUUCUCAGGGCUUGAAGAGAAGGUCCUUGAACAGUAUACUUUUGCAAAGGCAAACUUGACCAGAUCUGCUGCCAUGGGUUAUCUGUUGAAUUCUGGUAUUCAGUGGGGAGCAGCACCUGCAGUUAAAGGUGUUCGUGAUGCAGCAGUAGAGUUGCUGCAUACAUUGGUAGCUGUGCAUGCAGAGGUUUUUGCUGGUUGUAAACCUCUCUUGGAUAAAACACUUGGCAUUCUUGUGGAAGGCUUGAUUGACACAUUCAUCAGCAUUUUUCAUGAAAAUGAAAGUCAAGAUCUUAGAGCACUUGAUACAAAUGGAUUCUGUCAACUCAUGCUUGAGCUUGAAUACUUCGAGACUGUAUUAAACCCAUAUUUUACAUCUGAUGCAAGAGAUUCCUUAAAGUCACUACAAGGAUUACUUUUGGAAAAAGCCACCGAAAGUGUGACUGAUGCUGUGGACAAUCCAGGACAUAAUCGCCGGGCAACUCGCGGGAGUGAAGAUGCACUUGUAGAUGAUAAGCAACAAGGAACAUCCAUAUCACCCGAUGAACUCAUUUCUCUUGCCCAGCAGUACAGCUCUGAGUUCCUACAAUUGGAGCUUGAACGGACACGCAUUAACACAGCAUGCUUUGCUGAAUCCAUUCCUUUGGACUCUGUGCCUGAAUCAGCCAAAUCUGCCUACUCUCCCUUCAAGAACUCGAUGGAUUCUCCUAGCAAGAACUACAGAGGUAACUUUAAUACUGGAUCAUCAGGUUUCUCACGGCAGAGACAUUGAUGAAUAUAAAUUAGCAUCCUAUUCUUUUAGUUUCUUUGCCUAUUAUGUAUUUAUUCUUGUAUAUUUUUGUUUCUAUAGGUAAUGAAAAAUUGUAUUCUUUGCAUUGUUUUCAUUUCUUUUUUGUUGUUGUAUGUGGAUGACAAUCACCACAUAUUAAUGAGUUUUGGACCAUGUGUUGGCACUUCUGUGUUUGCCUUGAACACUCGGUUUUGCACGCCUUUGAAUGUGUACACUGUAAAUUAAGAAAGCGAAUUCUAUAUCGAGUGAGACCAAUGAAUAUGGCUCGGCCAUGAUCUUGGUUAAGUCUUGCAUUAAACAAACAAAUAGAUUGGAGCACUUUUUUCUAAUUGAGAGUUAUGGCUCUUGAUAUAAUCAUGAUUCAGAGCUCUAGUUCAGUUUUUUCAA